CGGGCGUUGCGCGGCGGCGGCGGCAGCGCCGGGCCCGGUUUUGGCGCGGUUCUAACGUGGUUCUAACCCGGUCCUGGCCGGGCUCCGGCCCCGGCGGAGCCACCGUGAGCCCCGCAGGUGCGGCCAUGGCGGGCGCGGCGCCCCCCGCAGGUGCCCCCGAGCACCCCUUCACCUGCCGGGAGUGCGGCAAAUCCUUCCGCUGGUCCUCGCGCCUGGCGCAUCACCUGCGCAGCCACACAGGUGAGCGCCCCUACAAGUGCCCCGAGUGCCCCAAGGCCUUCAAGGGCUCCUCCGCCCUCCUCUACCACCUGCGGGGCCACACAGGUGAGCGCCCCUACACCUGCGCCACCUGCGGGAAGAGCUUCAAGCGCUCCUCGCUGCUGCAGACGCACCUGCGCGUGCACACGGGGCUGCGCGCCUUCAGGUGCGCCCAGUGCGGCCUCACCUUCAAGUGGGCGUCGCACUACCAGUACCACCUGCGGCAGCACUCAGGUGAGCGGCCCUACCGCUGCCCCGCCUGCCCCAAGGCCUUCAAGAACUCCUCCAGCCUGCGGCGGCACCGCCACACCCACACAGGUGAGCGCCCGCACACCUGCGACACCUGCGGCAAGGGCUUCGCGCAGGCCGCCAACCUGCGGCAGCACCUGCGGGUGCACACGGGGGAGCGGCCGUACACCUGCGGCACCUGUGGCAAGAGCUUCACGCACUCGUCCAACCUGCACCUGCACCGGCGCACGCACGGCCCCGCCCCGCAGUGCCCCACCUGCGCCACGCCCUUGGCCUCGCGCACCUGCCCGCAGCGGCACCCGCAGGGCCCCGCCCCGCCCGGCGCCGCCGCCUCACCUGAGCCGCUCUGGAGGCCGCUGGGGCUCGCCUGUGCCGAGCAGGAGGUGCCGGCCACGCCCCCGGCCACGCCCCCGGCCCCGUCCCACCGCUGCCUCACCUGCGGCAAGAGCUUCAAGAACGGGGCGGGGCUGGCGCGGCACCUGCCCGGGCACGAGCGGCCCCGAGCCCCGCCCGCGCCAGGUGAGGCCGAGGCGCCGGCCCCGCCCGAGCGGCCCUACAGGUGCGGCGAGUGCGGCAAGGCCUUCAAGGGCUCCUCGGGGCUGCGCUACCACCUGCGCGACCACACAGGUGAGCGCCCCUACACCUGCGCCACCUGCGGCAAGAGCUUCAAGCGCUCCUCGCUGCUGCAGACGCACCUGCGCGUGCACACGGGGCUGCGCGCCUUCAGGUGCGCCCAGUGCGGCCUCACCUUCAAGUGGGCGUCGCACUACCAGUACCACCUGCGGCAGCACUCAGGUGAGCGGCCCUACCGCUGCCCCGCCUGCCCCAAGGCCUUCAAGAACUCCUCCAGCCUGCGGCGGCACCGCCACACCCACACAGGUGAGCGCCCGCACACCUGCGACACCUGCGGCAAGGGCUUCGCGCAGGCCGCCAACCUGCGGCAGCACCUGCGGGUGCACACGGGGGAGCGGCCGUACACCUGCGGCACCUGCGGCAAGAGCUUCACGCACUCGUCCAACCUGCACCUGCACCGGCGCACGCACUCGGCGGCGCGGCCCUUCCGCUGCCCCGCCUGCCCCAAGGCCUUCGUCAUGGCCGCCUACCUGCAGAGACACCUGCGCACGCACGGCCCCGCCCCGCGCCGCGCGCCCGCCGGUGACGCCGCACCUGGCGCUGCCGCACCUGCGCCACCGCCCAUCGCUGGCGCUUACCUGGUGCUGCCCGGCCCCGGUGGCUCCUCCCCCCAUAAGGUGCUGCUGGUGGCGGCCACGCCCAGCCACGCCCGGCCACACCUGGCGCAGGUGGGCAGGGGGCAGCGCACCUGGCACAGCGUCCUGCUCGUACCUGGGGCGGGCAGGGAGGGGGCGGCAGCGGGGGUGACAGGUGUGACAGGGGUGACAGGUGUGACAGGUGUGGGUGUGACAGGUGUGGGUGUGACAGGUGUGACAGAUGUAGGAGUGACAGGUGUGGCAGGUGUGACAGGGAUGGGUGUGACAGGUGUGGCAGGUGUGACAGGUGUGGGUGUGGCAGGGCUGACAGGGGUGACAGAUGCAGGAGUGACAGGUGUGACAGGUGUGGGUGUGGAAGGGCUGACAGGUGUGACAAGUGCAGGUGUGACAGGUGUGGGUGUGACAGGUGUGACAAGUGCAGGUGUGACAGGUGUGGGUGUGACAGGUGUCACAGGGGUUACAGGUGUGACAGGUGUGACAGGUGUGACAGGUGUGGGUGUGACAGGGGUUACAGGUGUGACAGGUGUGACAGGUGUUGGUGUCACAGGUGUGGCAGGCAUGACAGGUGUGACAGGUGUUACAAGUCCCGGUGUGACAGCUAUGACAGGUGUUGGUGUCACAGGGGUCCCAGGUGUCACAGGUGUAGAUGUGACAGGUGUCACAGGGCUUACAGGUGUGGCAGGUGUAGGUGUGGCAGGUGUGAGAGGUGUUGGUGUCACAGGUGUGACAGGUGUGACAAAUGUAGGUGUCACAGGUGUCCAGCUCCAGGUGCUGCCGGUGGCGCCAGAGGUCACCAAUGUCCAGGUGCAGCAUGGGGAGGUGUCAGGUGUGGCAGGUGUGACAGGUGUGACAGGUGUAGGUGUGACCGGUGUGACAGGUGUGACAGGUGCCACAGGUGUGACAGGUGCCACAGGUGUGACAGGGCUGCAGCUCCAGGUGCUCCCAUUCCCCUCGGAGGUCACCAAUGUCCAGCUCCAGGUGUUGCCACCCCCACCUGAGGUCACCAAUGUCCAGCUCCAGGUGUUGCCACCACCACCCCCAGGUGGCUCAGGUGUGCAGCUCCAGGCAGGUGAGGUCACCAACGUCCAGCUCCAGGUGUUGCCACCCCCACCUGAGGUCACCAACCUCCAGCUCCAGGUGCUGCCGGCACCACCUCAGGUCCCAGGUGUGCAGCUCCAGGUGUUGCCACCACCCCCAGGUGGCGCCAAUGUCCAGCUCCAGACAGGCGAGGUGGCCAACGUCCAGCUCCAGGUGUUGCCACCACCCCCACCUGAGGUCACCAGCGUCCAGCUCUGCACAGGUGAGGUGACCAAUGUCCAGCUCCAGGCCCUGCCGCUGACCUCAGGUGUCACCAACGUGCAGCUCCAGGUGUUGCCACCGCCCGCAGGUGGCACAGGUGUUCAGCUCCAGGUGUUGCCAGCGCCACCUGAGGUGACCAAUGUCCAGCUCCAGGCCACCGAGAUGACCAGUGUCCACCUGGACACCAUGGAAGUGACUGAUGGGCACCUGGACAGUUCAGACCUGCCCGCUGUCCACCUGGAGGCCAUGGAGGAGGUACCUGGUGCCCACCUGGACAUGUCAGAGGUGCCCAGUGUCCACCUGGAGACCACAGAGGUGACCAAUGUCCACCUGGAGACCACAGAGGUGACCGAUGUCCACCUGGAACCCACAGAUGUGCCCAAUGUCCACCUGGAGGCCAGUGACAUGACCGAUGUCCACUUGGAGACAUCAGAGGUGACCGAUGUCCACCUGGACAUGUCAGAGGUGCCCAGUGUCCACCUGGAGAGCUCAGAACUGCCCAGUGUCCACCUGGAGACCACAGAGGUGACCAAUGUCCACCUGGAACCUACGGAGGUGACCAAUGUCCACCUGGACGUGUCAGAGGUGCCCAGUGUCCACCUGGAACCCACGGAGUUGACCAGUGUCCACCUGGAGGCCAGUGACAUGACUGAUGUGCACCUGGAGAGCUCAGAGGUGCCCAGUGUCCACCUGGAACCUACGGAGGUGACCGAUGUCCACCUGGACACCUCAGAGGUGCCCAAUGCACACCUGGAGACCACAGAGGUGACCAAUGUCCACCUGGAACCUACAGAGGUGACCAGUGUCCACCUGGAGAACUCAGAGGUGCCCAGUGUCCACCUGGAACCUACAGAGGUGACCGAUGUCCACCUGGAUGUGUCAGAGGUGACCAAUGUCCACCUAGAACCUACUGAGGUGACCAAUGUCCACCUGGAGACCACAGAGGUGACCGAUGUCCACCUGGAUGUGUCAGAGGUGCCCAGUGUCCACCUGGAGACCAAUGAGAUGACCGAUGUCCACCUGGACAUGUCAGAGGUGACCGAUGCCCACCUGGACAUGUCAGAGGUGCCCAGUGCUCACCUGGAGACCAAUGACAUGACCGAUGUCCACCUGGAACCCACGGAGGUGCCCAGUGCACACCUGGACACCUCAGAACUGCCCAGUGUCCACCUGGAGAGCUCAGAGGUGCACCUGGAACCCCCCUAGGAAGUGCCCAGUGCCCACCUGGAGACCAUGGACAUGCCCGAUGCCCACCUGGACUCACCUUGGAGCUGCCCAGUGCCCACCUGGAGCUGCCCAGUGCCCACCUGGAGAGCACACAGGUGCCCAGUGCCCACCUGGGCAUGGCAGAGGUGCCCAGUGUUCACCUGAAGAUCAAGCAGGUGACCUGUGCCCACCUGGACACACCUUGGAGGUGCCCAGUGCUCACCUGGAGGUGCCCAAUGUCCACCUGGACAGGGCAGAGGCGCCCAGUGCUCACCUGGAGAGCAUGGACAUGCUCAGUGCUCACCUGGAGGUGCCCAAUGUCCACCUGGACAGGGCAGAGGCGCCCAGUGCUCACCUGGAGAGCAUGGACAUGCUCAGUGCUCACCUGGACACACCUUGGAGGUGCCCAGUGCCCACCUGGAACCCACCGAGAAAGUGCCCAGUGCUCACCUGGAGACCACACAGGUGACCUGUGACCACCUGGACGUGCCCAGUGCCCACCUGGAACCCACCGAGAAAGUGCCCAGUGCUCACCUGCACACACCUUGGAGGUGCCCAAUGCUCACCUGGACACAUCAAUGUCCACCUGGACAUGUUAGAGGUGCCCUCUGCCCACCUGGACACACCUUGGAGGUGCCCGAUGCCCACCUGGAGAGCACACAGGUGCCCAGUGCCCACCUGGACUGACCUUGGAGGUGCCCUGUGCCCACUUGGAGAGCACACAGGUGCCCAGUGCCCACCUGGACUGACCUUGGAGGUGCCCUGUGCCCACUUGGAGAGCACACAGGUGCCCAGUGCUCACCUGGACUGACCUUGGAGGUGCCCAAUGCCCACCUGGACACACCUUGGAGAUACCCAGUGCCCACCUGGAGAGCACACAGGUGCCCAGUGCUCACCUGGACACACCUUGGAGAUACCCAGUGCCCACCUGGAGAUCACACAGGUGCCCAGUGCUCACCUGGACACACCUUGGAGGUGCCCGAUGCCCACCUGGAGAGCACACAGGUGCCCAGUGCUCACCUGGACUGACCUUGGAGAUACCCAGUGCCCACCUGGAGAGCACACAGGUGCCCAGUGCCCACCUGGACUGACCUUGGAGGUGCCCUGUGCCCACCUGGAGAGCACACAGGUGCC